AUGAGCAAGGAGAACAACAGCGAACAGGUCAGGUUCCUGGUGACAUGCAUCAAGCACACCAACCAGGGACGACCCAAUUUUGAGCUUGUUGCCGAGGAACUAGACAUUGUAACUAAAGCAGCGGCUCAGAAGCGCUACGAGCGCCUCCUCAAAGCCCAUGGGGUGACCGCCACGUCUCAAAAGGCCACGGCCAAGGCCAUCGAGAAUGAACAAGACGCCAUCACUCCGCUGUCAACCCCUGCGAAGCGAAAGGCGCCCCGCGCAAACACAGGAGGCGUCAAAAAGCCUCGCAAUACGAGCGCCAGGAACAAGAAGGAAAUUCUCUCGUACGAUGCGGUCAUAAAGGUUGAGGACGCCAAAGCAAUCGUCAAAUCUGAAGCAGAGGAAGACUCGGCCCUUUCAGAGCCCCCUGUUUCCGAUGCCGAAAUUGAGAUCUGA